UCACUCUCUCUGUGAGUGUGAAUCCCAUGUGGACCCCACAUAUCAACCCCAGUGUACCAACAAUAAACUUCCCUCGCCCUCCCAUGCAUUCUCUUCUCUUCUCUUCUCUUCUUCCCUAAUUUGCCCUACCACUGAUAUACUAUAAUUUAUCCCAAUCCCGCCCCACAUAUAUAUAUAUACAAAUUGACCCCAUCAUCCCCAACUCCAAACCUUUUUCUUUUAUAUACACACACACACACACAUAUGUGAAACACCACCGGGACUCCACUUUUUCCUUGUUUCUUUUCAAGCUUUAUCGCAAAUCAAGAUGAUGCCUAAGCUGGGGAAAAAGGGGGUUUCAGUUUCCUCAAAAUUAGCACCACUUCCUCAUCUGCUCAUGCAUUCUUCUUUUUCCUCUUCUUCAUAUACUUGUAAUUAAAUUAGUUAGAGAUAAACAGAUAGGGUAUAUAGAGCAUAUAUGAUGUCAUCCUCGGAGGACAUGAACUUGUCGGUGAACGGACAGUCUAAGGUGCCUCCAGGGUUCCGUUUCCACCCCACCGAAGAAGAGCUUCUUCAGUAUUACCUCAGGAAGAAGGUCGCCUGCCAGAAAAUCGACCUCGACGUCAUCCGCGACGUCGAUCUCAAUAAACUCGAGCCCUGGGAUAUCCAAGAGAAGUGCAAAAUUGGGUCGACUCCGCAGAACGACUGGUACUUCUUCAGCCACAAGGACAAGAAGUACCCAACCGGAACCCGGACGAACCGGGCCACGGCGGCCGGGUUCUGGAAGGCCACCGGUCGGGACAAGGUCAUCCACAGCAAUUUCAGGAGGAUUGGGAUGAGGAAGACGCUCGUGUUCUACAGAGGGAGAGCUCCACACGGCCAGAAAUCCGAUUGGAUUAUGCACGAAUACAGGCUCGACGACAUCAACGCCACCACCACUCACGACUCCACCCCUAAUGGUUCGAGCAUUGGGGGGGAUUCAGGGCAAGAAGAAGGGUGGGUGGUCUGCAGAGUGUUCAAGAAGAAGAAUUAUCACAAAGCAUUGGAGAGUCCGUCACCGGCGUCGGCGUCGAUGAUGGUUUCCAACAUCCCCCGAAACGACGGCGUUUUGGAUCAAAUACUCAUGUACAUGGGGAGGACAUCCUCGUCGUCCACUUCCUGCAAGCAAGAGAUGAUCACCCAAUCCAACGGCCAGGAUAGCUCGCCGCUUUUCCUCUCCAAUCAGUUGUCACCUCCCUCGGCGUUCAUGCACCUCCCCGCACUGGAUAGCCCCACCGCCACCAUCAACCACCCCGCCGCCGAUGACUACAAAUCCUCCGCCGCCGGCGACCUCAUCGCCGAAAUCGGACCGUCCACGUGUGACUGGGCCGUGCUGGACCGCCUCGUCGCCUCCCAGCUCAACGGCGGCCACCCUUCUAAACAGUUCCUCUCCGCCUACGUCGGAGACGACGACGACGACGACUUCUCCUUCUCCGCCUUCGACCACCACCACCACCACCACCAGCUGAUGGACAUUAACGACCCAGAACCACCGUCCAUGGCGGCGAAUCAACACAACAAUAAUAUUAAUAACAACAACAACAAUAAUAAUAAUAAUAAUCCAGGUACUGUGUCGAGCUCCGACACCGACUUCUGGAGCUUCGGCCGGCCGUCGUCGUCGUCGUUGUCGUCGUCGUCUUCCGACCCGCUCUGCCACCUGUCUGUAUAAUCAACGGUACCCGAUAAUAGUAAUAAUUCUGUCUAGGUUUUGUCAUGAUAUGGUGAAUAUGCAUAUACGUACCUAUACAUACACAUAAAUACACAUAUACAUAUAUAAAAAUAUAAAAAUACAUACGUACUUAGUAGUUCGUAAUAUUAAUUAAUUAAUUAAGUGGACUGCACGUACGCUUUUAGUUUCUCAAAACCAUAAUAUCUUUGUACCUAAUAAUCAUUUCUUCUGUUGAAGCAUCGCUGUCUAU